AUGGCGAUUGCCGGAGAUUUUGAAAAGGUUUUCACCAUUGGUGCUGUGUUCCGUGCGGAAGACUCUAACACUCACCGACACAUGACCGAAUUUGUAGGUCUGGAUUUGGAAAUGGCGUUCAACUUCCAUUACCAUGAGACCAGUUUUCAUCGUUUUGAGGUGUUGGAGACCAUAGGAGCCGUUCUGAUCAAUGUAUUCAAAGGACUGCAGCGUGACUAUGCUGAUGCGAUUGCUGCGGUAGGACGGCAAUAUCCGGCGGAGCCUUUCCAGUUCUGUGAGCCAGCGCUUGUUCUCAAAUGGCCCGAGGCCUUGAAAAUGCUAAGAGAGGAUGGUGUUGAGAUUGGAGAUGAAGAGGAUAUGAGCACACCUGUGGAGAAACAACUAGGACGUCUUGUGAAGCAAAAGUACAACACCGACUUCUACAUACUUGACAAGUUCCCACUCGCGGUCCGUCCGUUCUACACAAUGCCCGAUCCACACGACCCCAAAUACUCGAACAGCUACGAUAUGUUUAUGAGAGGUGGUUAUACAGUAUAUCAUUCGGGCAAACCCCCACCCUUCAGCGAGGAGAUUCUGUCUGGAGCUCAACGAAUCCAUGAUGCGGAGUUCUUGGUGGAACGAGCAAAGCAUCACAAGAUCGAAUUGGAAAAGAUACAAGCUUACAUCGACUCGUUCAAGUAUGGUUGUCCUCCACACGCUGGUGGUGGCAUUGUUCAUAUAAAAAGUGUGCUGUUACAUCUUUCGUUUGUUUGUCAAAAAACGAGAAGUCCGGGUGAUCCGGCUUACUUCCCUGACUUUCUAACAAGGGAAGUAUAG